AUGGAGGACAGCACUGGUGCACAAAAUACCGAUCGAGGAAAUGCUACAAGUUCUACCGAUACUACAAGUGCUAGUAUGCAGCCAAACGGUUUAGGCUACGAUGAUUUGAAGGACGCCGUGGACAUUACGGCCAUGGUGGAUUCCUGUGUUGACUCGCUGAGCUUUGAAAAUCCAAUGCUGUGCACGGAGGGCUUUUGCCUGCAAGACUCCAUGGCAGCCAUGGAACUGUUGGACCCCAAGAUGGACUCUUGCGAAGUAGCAGCUUUACAGAUUCUACCGCAACAAGAGAAACCAGCAAUAAAUGGCGACCGGAAAGUCAAAGUAUUGUUUCCAAGACCAACGCCAACCGAAAUUGACGAUGACUUUUUACCGUUGCCAUGGAACGAAUUGACACUGCGCGACUCGUGUCUGAUUGCCGUAGAGGCAUUGGUCAGGCUCGAGUCCAUGUUGGGAGGUUCGUCGGUAGUUGAGAGUAUCUACACGUGUCUCUAUGCGCAUGCAGAUAUUUGUCAGGACAUGAAGGACCGUCUAUUACACGGAGGACAGUCACGCAACUCGCACGGAAGCGCUGGAACGGCUCCUCAACACGUCGUCUUUGCCACAAGUUUGGCUCUCGUGGAAAUUUCCGAAAUCAUGAGGAGCAUUGUACUGCAGGGGGACAUUUACGAAGAAGAGGACUUUUGCGCAAACUCAUACAAUGUGCCAAUCUACUCGAAUCGAGAAAAGGGAAGCACCAUGGAGGAAUUGUCCCUGGCCUUGUUAUUGGUCAGAGAAUGCAAGGGUGCCGCUGAUACCGAUGAACAAAAGACAGCUAUAUGUAUACUCAAUUUCUUGAUCGAUCUACUCAAUUUGUGCUCAACUGUGGCUCGAGUUGCAGGAGCAAGAGUUGUACAAACAAUGCUAGAAACAAAAUCCAGAGUACUCUCCGCUGUGCAAAAUCUCCGUGAUGCUGCUACGCUAUGGAAAAAACUCAUCGAAACAAAAUCAACAAGAGAAACCAAUUUGCUGCAACGAGCCUUUGAUCCAUUCGUCAAUAGACCUCUUUGUGGAAACGCACCCGUCAGAAAAGUCGUAUUCCUGGAACCAGCCAAGUCAUUAGAGAUACUCUCCAAGAUCGUCGCAGAAGUUGAUUGGGCACUCUGCCAUCUCGUUUUAAAGGGAAACAGCAUUCGAAGAAUACGUGGAAUUCUGGACAGACUGUCCAAGUCAUCAAUCAACAUCUUUGCCCGAUCGCUCAUUGUCUUGAACCUAUACUUUGACGACAAAUUGCUGGGGCAGUAUUCAUUGUCAGACUUGAUCGUCAAACACAUGCAAGAAACGGCGGCAGUUCCCAGCGAACUAUUCGAAACCAAACACGGCCGCCUUUUUUUGAACCGAUUGGCUAAACCGAUCUACGACACACUCAAGCUACGGCUGUUGAACCGAAACAGACAAAGAGCAUUCAUGGAGGCCGUUAUACUGCAAGACUGGGCAAGGCUGCAACAGGAGGCACACAUCAUUGAUGUGAGAUAUCGAAAAGAAAAGGGACUUGCCAAUUCAUCUCCACCCUUUGUCAGUCAAUACGUCCUUGCUAAUCUUGUGAGUAUCAUGGACUUGCAUCUCGCUAUUGGUGUCGAACUGGCCCUAUUUAGAAGCCAAGAGGAUCUCGCAACGGUCUUUUGGUAUCGUGAUUUUUUGCUCUCGACCAUGCUCAACGUCAGGUCCGCAAUGUGGAGAACCAAGGAAGCUGGCAACGACGGAAGACACAAGAACAACAAAAAGAAAGGUCACGACGGGGUAGCCAAAGGCCAGGAGACUAUUGAUUACGAAUUUGACUUUGCCCUAUUGGAGUGCAAGCGGAAUCUUUGUCGUGGCUUGGUCCGAUUCAUGGCAGCUCUGCAACAAGCUGGAGUUCUCGAGACCAGAAAGUUCCACUUCACCACUGCCGAGAAAGUCUUCCGAAAGAGGUUUGAAGCCUUUGCAAACAUUCAACAACCUCCCCCGCUCUCAUUUGAUGACUUCCGUCAAGGUUCCUCCUUUGCCCGUGUAUCCCAAAGCGAUCUUCUAGCUUCUACUGGAGAAUGCUUCAAAUCCAGCAAAACUAGCGUUGGCAAAGCGUUGACGCUGCUGUCUGAUCUUGAUAUCUCCCUUUUGGCAACGACCAAAGAGGACCUCAAUCAACUGGCAAAAAUAUGCGUGGGCAACUCUGUGUACAUGCAAAAGCUGCGGCAAUCCAUUGCUGCGGGUGAAGGGGGAAAUCAAAGCAAGCAGCAAAAGACAGUCUUUGAGUUUGAUUCCAAUUCUGAUUUCUGUACAGUCAAGUUGGAGUGA